GCUUUGUUUGUACGAGGUCGAUUGAAAGCGGGCAAAAAUGUACUGAUUCAUUCUGGUGCGGGUGCCGUUGGCCUAGCGGCAAUCAACAUUGCCCUGCACGCCGGCUGCACCGUCUUCGUCACUGUCGGGACAGAGAAUAAACGAUUCUAUCUCAAGAAGACUUUUUCGCAAUUGACUGACAAGCACAUUGGCAAUUCCCGAGAUACGAGUUUUGAACAGCUGAUAUUGGACGAAACCCAAGGCUGUGGGUCGAUGUUGUAUUGAACUCGUUAUCAGAAGAGAAACUGCAUGCCAGCGUACGGUGCCUCGCGAAGAAUGGUCGCUUCCUCGAUAUUGGGAAGUACGACAUGUUGAAUGGCAAUCGCAUAGAUAUGUCGAUAUUUUUAAAGAACAGCUCCUAUCAUGGUAUACUUUUAGAAAUGCUGUUCGAGGAUAGCGAAGAUAAGCUAGAAACUGUUAGGCUAAUCUCAGAGGGAAUCGAGAAUGGUGUAGUGCGUCCAUUACCAACGACCGUAUUUUCGAAGCAAAGCCUCGAGGAAGGAUUUAGAUUUAUGAUGGCAGGCAAACAUAUCGGCAAGGUAUUGCUGAAGAUUCGAGACGAAGAGCCACAGAAACAUAUGCUAUCGAUGCAAACAACGGUAGCGGCCAUACCACGUACUUAUAUGUAUCCAGACAAGUCGUAUGUAUUGAUCGGUGGUCUUGGUGGAUUUGGUUUGGAAUUGACCAAUUGGAUGAUCACCCGCGGCGCUAGAUUCAUCGUUCUCGUGUCACGUACUGGAAUACGCACUGGUUAUCAGAUGUCACGCGUGCAACAUUGGCGCAAUAAAGGCAUCAAAGUUAUCAUCUCUACGGCAGACAUUACAGCAUUUUCGGGCGCCGAAUGUUUGAUCGACGAGAGUAAUCGAUUGGCUCCUGUGGGCGGUAUAUUUAAUCUGGCCGUCGUUUUACGUGACGCUUUGUUUGAGAACCUGCAAGUGGUCGACUUCGAGACUGUAAUCUUGCCAAAGGUCAACGGUACGAGGAAUCUGGACGUGGUAUCGAGAAAGUCUUGUCCAUCAUUGGAUCUUUUUGUUGUGUUUUCGUCUAUAGCGUCUAACCGAGGCAAUGCGAGUCAAUCCAAUUAUGGUCUCGCAAAUUCAGCUAUAGAGAAAAUCAUAGAACAGAGGCAUACUGCUGGUUUGCCCGGUCUCGCUAUUCAAUGGGGUGUUAUAGGAGAUGUUGGUUUAUAUAUUGAUUCGAUGAAGAAUAAAAACAUCGGUAUAACGCGUAUUGGUGUUUUACCGCAGCGUGUGUCCAGCUGUCUUGAGACUAUAGACGUUUUUCUUCAACAACCAUAUCCAAUAGUAUCAUCUACAGUGAUAGCCGAGAAACACAAAUCUGUAAAUAACGACGACAGUAUUGAUCAUGUCGUCCAUGUCAUUGCCAAUAUCCUUGGUAUUGAAAAUAUCUCGGUAAAUAUCAAUGACAGCUUCGAUAAAUUUGGCAUCGAUUCGCUAAGCUAUAUGGAGAUAAGACAGAUUCUUGAAAGAGAAUAUGGUAUCUUAUUAUCGCUCCGAGAGAUGUAUGUUUUAACGUUAAGUAAAUUAUUAGACUUGUUAGCGAAAAACGAUGUAUCUCACAAUCCUUCGACAAGUUAAAGAAAAACAAAAAUGAUCACAAAUCUGCGGAGAGAGAUAUAUCCUUUAAUUUAAA